ACCCACAGAAUAAUCCAAAAUGCAGAUCUUUGUGAAAACCUUGACUGGAAAAACCAUCACCCUGGAGGUGGAGCCCUCUGAUACCAUCGAGAACGUGAAGGCCAAGAUUCAAGACAAGGAGGGAAUCCCCCCAGACCAGCAGCGUUUGAUCUUCGCCGGAAAGCAGCUCGAGGAUGGCCGCACCCUGUCGGACUACAAUAUCCAGAAGGAGUCCACCCUCCACUUGGUCCUUCGUCUGCGAGGCGGUAUGCAGAUCUUCGUAAAGACCUUGACCGGAAAGACCAUCACCCUGGAAGUUGAGCCCUCCGACACCAUCGAGAACGUGAAGGCCAAGAUCCAAGACAAGGAGGGAAUCCCCCCAGACCAGCAGCGAUUGAUCUUCGCCGGAAAGCAGCUCGAGGAUGGACGUACUCUAUCCGACUACAAUAUCCAGAAGGAGUCCACCCUCCACUUGGUCCUUCGUCUGCGAGGAGGUAUGCAGAUCUUCGUGAAAACCUUGACUGGAAAAACCAUCACCCUGGAGGUGGAGCCCUCCGACACCAUCGAGAACGUGAAGGCCAAGAUCCAAGACAAGGAGGGAAUCCCCCCAGACCAGCAGCGAUUGAUCUUCGCCGGAAAGCAGCUCGAGGAUGGCCGAACUCUGUCGGACUACAACAUCCAGAAGGAGUCCACCCUUCACUUGGUCCUCCGUCUCCGUGGUGGAAUGCAGAUCUUCGUAAAGACCUUGACCGGAAAGACCAUCACCCUGGAGGUUGAGCCCUCCGAUACCAUCGAGAACGUGAAGGCCAAGAUCCAGGACAAGGAGGGAAUCCCCCCAGACCAGCAGCGUUUGAUCUUCGCCGGAAAGCAGCUCGAGGAUGGCCGCACCCUGUCGGACUACAAUAUCCAGAAGGAGUCCACCCUCCACUUGGUCCUCCGUCUGCGAGGAGGUAUGCAGAUCUUCGUGAAGACCUUGACCGGAAAGACCAUCACCCUGGAGGUUGAGCCCUCCGAUACCAUCGAGAACGUGAAGGCCAAGAUCCAGGACAAGGAGGGAAUCCCCCCAGACCAGCAGCGUUUGAUCUUCGCCGGAAAGCAGCUCGAGGAUGGCCGCACCCUGUCGGACUACAACAUCCAGAAGGAAUCCACCCUUCACUUGGUCCUCCGUCUUCGUGGUGGAAUGCAGAUCUUCGUGAAGACCUUGACCGGAAAGACCAUCACCCUGGAAGUUGAGCCCUCCGACACCAUCGAGAACGUGAAGGCCAAGAUCCAAGACAAGGAGGGAAUCCCCCCAGACCAGCAGCGAUUGAUCUUCGCCGGAAAGCAGCUCGAGGAUGGCCGAACUCUGUCGGACUACAACAUCCAGAAGGAGUCCACCCUUCACUUGGUCCUCCGUCUCCGUGGUGGAAUGCAGAUCUUCGUAAAGACCUUGACCGGAAAGACCAUCACCCUGGAAGUUGAGCCCUCCGACACCAUCGAGAACGUGAAGGCCAAGAUCCAAGACAAGGAGGGAAUCCCCCCAGACCAGCAGCGAUUGAUCUUCGCCGGAAAGCAGCUCGAGGAUGGCCGCACCCUGUCGGACUACAACAUCCAGAAGGAGUCCACCCUUCACUUGGUCCUCCGUCUCCGUGGUGGAAUGCAGAUCUUCGUAAAGACCUUGACCGGAAAGACCAUCACCCUGGAGGUUGAGCCCUCCGACACCAUCGAGAACGUGAAGGCCAAGAUCCAGGACAAGGAGGGAAUCCCCCCAGACCAGCAGCGUUUGAUCUUCGCCGGAAAGCAGCUCGAGGAUGGCCGCACCCUGUCGGACUACAACAUCCAGAAGGAGUCCACCCUUCACUUGGUCCUCCGUCUUCGUGGUGGAAUCUAAACCUAAUCUCAAUACAUUUCCAAUAAACACAAGAUUCAAGCAAGA